AUGGACCAGGCUCAUCCGUUGUCGAGUCCUAUGGUCGUGAGGUCCUUAGACCUAGAGAAGGAUCCGUUUGGACCAAAGAAACCGGACGAGGAAGUGCUCGGGCCGGAAGUGCCUUACUUAAGUGCCAUUGGAGCUUUAAUGGUCCUCAUUGAUACAGGAAGCUCCGUCGACCUCAUCUUCCGAGGAACUCUGCAGAAGGUGGGAGUCGAUCUCGACGACAUAAAACCGUCCUCCAGAACAUUAACCGGCUUCAACGGAUCCUUCGAAACAAUACUAGGAACAAUCCGCCUUCCGGUACGCGCAUGUGGAGUCACUCGAACUGUCAAGUUUGCCGUUGUAAGCACGAAGGCCCCUUACCACGCUAUACUUGGAACCCCCUGGAUACACUCAAUGCAGGCCAUUCCAUAUACUUAUCACCAGUGUGUCAAGUUCUCCGGUACAGACGGAAAAAUCAAAACAUUGCGAGGGGAUCAAAAAGCCGCUAGGGAACUCCUAGUCGCCACAGUUAAACUCCAACGAUCGUCUCUAUCGGUUAACUCUGUUUCUCCUCCAACCUAUAAAGUCUGCUCCCAGGAAGGCGAAGUUCUCGAGUUACGUAUUGACGAUACCGAUCCAAGCCGGACCGCAAGGAUUGGUGCGUAUCUGUCUGAAGAUAUGCAGCGGUCAGUUCUCAACUUUCUCAAGACGAAUGUGUCCACAUUCGCGUGGUCCAUGUCAGACAUGAAAGGAAUUGAUCCGGCUAUAACAACUCACGAACUAACCGUCGAACCGACAUUCAAGCCUAUCCGGCAGAAGCGAUGCAAGCUCGGUUCCGACAGGUCAAAGGCUGUAAACAAAGAGAUCGACCGGUUGCUCGGCGCUGGCUCAAUUGCUAAGGUGCGCUACCCUGAGUGGUUAGCAAAUCCAGUAGUUGUUAAGAAGAAGAACGGGAAGUGGCGCGUCUGCGUCGACUUCACUGACUUAAAUUAA